AAGGUUGUCACUAAACACCUUCCUUUCGUCAUUCUUAUUUUAGGUAUCAUCUCUUGUGGUGUGAUAUCAAUUGCAUUUAUCUUGCCACGCAGAAACAACCUUAAAAUAACCUUAUUUCCAAAAAGACUUUUGAAACCGCUGCUAGAUAGAAACUGAUCAUAAACUAUAAAAAUGUAGACCUUGAUGAGUACACACAUGGGCACUAAACAUGAUCUGAAAGAUAAUAUGUAAUAGAAGUUUUAUUUAACCACUUUAGGCCAAUCCAUAUCAUGUCUGAGAUUAAUGCCAUUUUAUAGACUCAAGGGUUUCUAUUUUUAGAUUUUUACUUCAAAACUUUCUUUUUCAAAAGAUUCUGUCAUACAGUGAAUUGGCGUGCCAGGAACUCUGAGCUGUGAUUUAUCCUCAUAUGUAGUGUUGUAUUAUGAACCAGGAUAAGAAUAUCAUUUAGAUUAAUACAUGGCUAUUAUCUCUUGGGUGCUGAAGUAAAAAAAAAAUAUACCGUAGUUUUCAUAAUAGGAGGAGUCUAGAAGGGUCUACUAUGCAGUUACUGUAGUCGUAAACACACUGUUGCUGACUUGCAUUUCACAAAAAGGAAACUGUAGCCACAAACUUGUCUCCGAGCUCAUAGUCCUGCAUUAUUUCAGGCUGCAUGAGGCUGAAUAAUCACUAGAGGAAUGGGCCCAUAAAUGCUGCAUCGUCUACAAUGGCAUCAUUAAGGAGCUACAGUUUUAUCUGCUCUGUGUGGAUGCAUUUGUCUUUUCUUUCAGCCAUGAAAAGAAAGAAUUGCAGUGUAUUCAAUCAGACAGAGAUAAUCUAUCAGGGAAAUUCAACUACCAUCAACUGUCAUUACAGCAAAAACAGAAGUGAACGUUUUACAGUGUCUCUGAAAAGAAACCAUUCACUCUGUGAAUACAUGUAUUUCAAUAAAUCCUGGACUGAACAAUCAUGCAAGGACAACAUCAGAUUUUUAUGGAUUCCAGAAACAGAGGAAAUAUCAUUUCAGCUCUUAAAUCUUCAGAUAAAUAAUUCAGGCAUGUACACAUGUACUGUGGUAAACUACUUACCACCUCCUUCAAAGUGUUUGGGAGAGAAGAGGAUAUUCAUUCAUGUAAAAUCAUCUCCGUCUGUAAAUGUGUCAUGUGUGAAGGGGCCUGACGGAGCUCCCAGAGUGCUUUGCACUUCUGAGGGCUUUUACCCUCCUGAUCAGAAGCAGGCCUGGCUUAGAGAUGGAGAAUAUAUCAGUUACCAGAACACUUCACUUAGACCUCUAUAUGAGAACCUGAACUUCUCUGAUGGAGAUGACAGCAAAUACACAGAUGGGUCUUACAUUGUCAAAUCAUAUCUUCACCUGUCUUCAAACAUAUCAGUGUACUAUUGCUGGGUGAAUCACUCAACCCUGAGCCAACCCAUCACUGUUAACAUUUCCUCCACUGAGUGCACUGAGAGAAAAGAAACAUUAACAGGGGGGGUUUUAUCAGUCACAGGAAUCAGUUGUGGCAUACUGGCUAGCAUUGGGCUGAUCCUUGCAGGAUGUUAUCAAUGUCUCAGAAGAAGAACUUAUUUACAGUCACCAGUUGAUGCACCUCCAUUGUAUGAGCCUGUGUCCCAUUCUACACUGGGGACACUGGGGAACCACUGGCCUGUUCCACAGGUGUACUCAACACUGGGAGACCAUCGGCCUGUUCCACAAGUGUACUCAACACUGGACAACGAUCAGCCUGUUCCACAGGUGUACUCAACACUGGGGAACCAUCGUCCUGUUCCAUGCAGAAACAAUAGCAAUGACACAGCGUCUCCCUCUCUAUGACACACACCAAACAGUCAAACACUUUAAAAUGUGUGACUUAUGUACCCACUGAAAGCUAUCCAUAUCUGAGGUAAUCUGAUUCUGCAUUUCACUCACGCUUUCUAAAAAUGUCUUGUGCAACUACAGUUGGGUUAGGAAGAAACUAAACCAUGUUCAUCAUUGUUAUUUUCGUUGCUGUUUUUAUUAUUAUUGUCAUUUUUGUCAUGGUCAUUGCUAUUGUUAUUACUAUUGUCUUUCAUUCUUAUUAUUGUCUUUUUUUUUGUAUCUAAUGUUCACUUGUCCUCUUCCUUUCCUUCUCAUAUAUCUUUUUUCCUUUUUGUUAUUAGAGAUGGAUGGGAAUAGGUGUAUUUGGAGGGUAGGAGAUCUGCACACGAAAAGUAUUAUGCAUAAAACACAGGGGUUUUGCUCACAACAUCUGGAAACAGCUGAUUAUGAAAGAAUUUACAAAUUCCUGUUAAAGUUCAUUGUAUAUUUUUUUGUAUUUAUUGUUUUGUGUG